AUGUACAUGAUAAACACAAAAGGAAGAACGUUUAUUAAAGGUCAAGCACUGAGUUAURAUUUCAGAAGAUCAAUUAUUGAUGAAAUAGUCCAACUUGGAGGCGAUGUUGUGAGUGGUUAUUUUCCUGGACAUUUUUCUGACGUUGCGAAUACAUUCAAAGUAAGUCGUGAAACUGUCAAGAAUAUUUGGAACCGUUUGYGCAAUGAUGGUACAAUUGAUCCAAAGAAAAAAAUGGGAGCAGGAAAUCCUUCAAGUUUGACUCAAGGAGAUUUGCAGCUUAUCGAAGUUUUAAAGAACGAGAGGCCUACCUGCUCUCUGAAAGAAAUCCAUGAAAAGCUCGAGGAGUUUGGUAACAUUCCUAACGGAACGUCUUACUCGGCAAUUUCCCGCGCACUGAAAGGGCGAAUGUUAUCUGGUAAACAGUAUUCCCGCAAAAAAGUCUCUCCUAUAGCACAAGAAAGGUUUACUGUUGAAAACAUGGCAUAUACUCAACUGUUUAUUGACUACCUUUACAGUAAAGACCCAUUCAAGCUGAAAUUCUUUGAUGAAUGCGGGCUGAAAACACCMUCACACGGGAAACGUCUGUAUGGACACUCUCCCGUUGGUGAGAGAUGUGUAGAAUUUAUGCGCUAUCACCAAUCACCAAACAUUACUGUAAAUGUUUUGGCUGGAUUAAAUGGUAUAGAAUACAUGAAUACCAUCCAUGGCCCAUCCGAUACAUUGAUCUUUCUAGAUUUUUUUAGUCAAGCUGGCAAAGCAGCCAACAUCGAAACCGGUAGACCAGCCCUGGAAGUCGGUGAUAUAAUUGUGAUGGAUAAYUGCCCAUUUCACCAUAACGCUGGUGGUACUAUKUUACGAGAAUGGCUGGGCGAUCGCAAUAUUGAACUUGUUUAUACACCAACUUAUUCCCCAGACUUUAAUCCUGUGGAAUUUGUAUUCAAUAAAAUGAGAACUGUCAUGAAUUAUGAUUUACAGGAUGUAGUGGCCUAUGACAUUGAAGUUGCUGCGAUAGAGGCGUGUAAACAUGUUAAGUCUGAAGACAUGUACGGCUUUUACGCUUGUACAAAUUAUUUAGAUAUAUAG